CUCGAAUUAAGAGGACUGAGCUAUUAUUCGAGUCGACUCUCUGCAGAGACUUGUGAGUCGACAACCAUCAAAACUCGUACCCGUCUUCUCCACUGUCCUGAUGCAAUCUCACCCUACCAGGGACAGAUGAGGAUGCGGUCCUUGAAGUUCUCCUUAUCUCAAACAUCUGGUUCCUGAUAAGCGAUCUGGUUUCGGGAUAUCUGAACAUCUUAGCCUCAGACCUCCAAGGCUCAUUCGACUUGCGACUGCCCCCAAUAUGGGCACAUGGUCAUGCUAGAUAAACAUAUACGACAGUUGUAAUGCCCACAGACGACGAGUCUGGUAGGCUGUCCCCGUGGGAAUGGAUUCGGGAUCAGUUUCAUAUGAGACCACCUGAGGAUGACGAGCCACAGUCGUGGUGGAUUGCAUCGACAGCCAUCCCGCUAGUUGCUGCUACAGCGGGACCACUCGCCAAUGUCAUGUCAAUCGUUGCGCUGGUUAUGCCAUGGCGAAGCAAAAUUCUUCCAGGAAACAAUAGCGCUGCUGGAACCUCCAAUCAAGAAGGAUAUGCAGACCCUCAUUGGGCCACUGUCCUAAAUGCCAUUUCGCUUUUCUGCGGAAUCGUGGGCAACGCAUUUUUACUGGUUAAUUUCACUCAGAUCGUACGCUACAUUAUAGCUUUGCCCGUGACGAUCAUUUUGUGGUUCAUGGCCGCGGGAAUCCUCUCUGGAAUUACCAUAGCCACAGAGAUCUAUGCUCCUCCGGUAGGCAUUGAUAGGAUCUACUCUCAGGCUUACUGGAGUGCUAUCAUUGCGGCAAUCCUCUACUUUGUCUUGAGCGUCAUCUUGAUGAUCAACAUGCUAGGCUAUUUCCUGGGUAAAUACCCGCAACAUUUUUCGCUGACGGACGAGCAACGAACCUUGAUCCUACAAAUGACUGCAUUGAUGGUUUGGCUGUUGAUUGGCUCAGCUAUUUUUCAAAAAGUAAUCGGAAUCUCUUUCGCCGAUGCAUUGUACUUCUGCGACGUCACCGUUCUUACAUUAGGAUAUGGCAACAUAAUUCCCGUCAGUGCCGUCGGUCGAGGUCUUGUUUGGCCAUAUGCGGUCAUUGGAAUUAUCAUUCUCGGACUGGUUGUGCAAAGCAUCUAUAAAUUCGCUCACGAGGUUCACUACGACAAUGUCAUUCGGAAACACAUUGAACAGAAACGGCAAUCCACCUUCGACCGAUCAGUCAGUUUUCAGGAGCUCCAAUCUUCUCAAGAGAAACGCCUGACUAGUGGAGAAGCUAUCACCCCUCCGGCUCUCACCCGCCAAAAGUCCAGGACUCAUCGGCAGAAUCGGCCAAUUCGCAACAGCAUCAACGCCCUUGCCACGGCUCGCCGACCCAGGAUCCUUAUCAUGCGUGAAGAAAAGGACCGAUUUGAUGCUAUGCGCCGUAUCCAGGCCAAUACCAUGCGCUUCCGUCGCUGGAACAAUUUGAUCAUCAGCAUCGUUGCUUUCGGAAUUGUGUGGUCUUGCGGAGCAGUGGUGUUUUGGCAAUUAGAAGCCAUGACCUACUUCGAAUCACUUUAUUUUUGCUUCACCUCCCUUCUAACCCUCGGCUACGGUGAUUUCACACCAAAUUCGAAUGCAGGAAGACCAUUCUUUGUGGUAUGGUCUCUAAUCGCCAUCCCAACCAUGACCAUGCUCAUUUCCGAGAUGAGCGAAACAAUCGUCGCCAGCUUCAAGCGCGCCACUGAAGUAGUCGCCGAUUACUUCGUACUUCCUCAAUCUAGUGCCUACAAGACAUGCUUGGGUCGGAUUCCCGUCUUUGCCCAGUUUAUACUGUCUCGCCAAAAACAAAAGCGGCAAGAGGGCGGUUUCCCACUUGAGGGGGCUGAUGAAUCCGGCACUGGGGAAAGAGCGGACCCCGAGAGGUCUAGUCAACCUAGACCGCAAAUACAUGAUUUAGCCAUGUCUCAUCCGCACCGAUCCCUCGAGGAACUUGUCCGCGAUCCGACCCCAAUUGAGCUUGCUCAGCAACUUGCCUUCGCUAUUCGCCGCACCUCGAAACAGAUACGGGAAGGAAAGCGAAGACAAUACUCCUACGAAGAAUGGGUCGAGUUCACCCGGCUCAUUCAGUUCACUGACCCGCGAUCUCGGCCACCAUCAUCACAGAGAAACCAGCCGGAAAAUGACAAUGGCCUUUCUAAUAAUGAAGACGAAUAUGGACUUCUUAAUUGGGAUUGGAUCGGUGAGAGCAGUCCCAUGCUGGCAAAACAAACAGAGCCCGAGUGGGUUCUAGAUCGGUUGUGUGAAAGCUUGAUUCGGUACGUGUCGACUCAAGAGGAGAGUCGGGCUGUGGGGGGUGGUGCCGAUUCGGCGGAGGAGCCAACUCUGAGGAAAGAGAGGGAUAUUGGGCUGGAUGAAUGA